UCCAGACCCUCGUGACCUUCGUCAGGAAUACGCCGUAUAGACAAUGGGUGGAUGGAUACCCAAUUAUACACUUGCUUCGCCGUCGUGGCGUCACGCCACUUCCGGUCUCCACCCGUGGGCAGCCAUGAUGCAGGAAGGGCUGGACGACGGACCCGACUUCCUCUCCGAGGAGGACCGGGGACCACGGGCAGUAAACGUGGACCUACAGACGGACGCUACACUGCAGGUCGACAUCUCUGAUGCCUUGAGUGAGAGAGACAAGGUCAAGUUCACUGUGCACACCAAGAGCACGCUCCCCAACUUUAAGCAGAACGAGUUCUCUGUGGUUCGACAGCAUGAAGAGUUCAUCUGGCUGCAUGAUUCGUUUGUGGAAAAUGAAGACUACGCAGGAUACAUUAUCCCCCCCGCUCCUCCCAGACCAGACUUUGAUGCAUCCAGAGAGAAGCUGCAGAAGCUGGGGGAGGGGGAAGGGUCCAUGACCAAGGAGGAGUUCACCAAGAUGAAGCAGGAGCUGGAGGCAGAGUACCUGGCCAUCUUUAAGAAGACUGUUGCCAUGCAUGAGGUCUUCCUGUGUCGCGUGGCGGCUCAUCCUGUCCUCAGGAAAGACCUUAACUUCCACGUCUUCUUGGAGUACAACCAGGAUCUGAGUGUACGAGGGAAGAACAAGAAGGAGAAACUGGAGGAUUUCUUUAAGAACGUGGUGAAGUCUGCUGACGGCGUCCUGGUAGCUGGAGUCAAGGAUGUGGAUGAUUUCUUUGAGCACGAGAAGACUUUCCUGUUAGAGUAUCACAACAGAGUGAAAGACGCCUCGGCCAAAUCCGACAGGAUGAUCCGCUCACACAAAAACGCUGCAGAUGACAUCAACAGAAUCGCCUCGUCUCUCUACACGUUAGGAACGCAGGACUCCACAGACCUGUGCAAGUUCUUCCUGAAAGUGUCGGAGCUGUUUGAGAAAACGAGGAAAAUCGAAGCUCGAGUUGCAGCAGAUGAAGACCUGAAGCUGGCCGACCUCCUGAAAUACUACCUGAGAGAAUCGCAGGCUGCAAAGGACCUGCUGUACCGGAGGAGCCGGGCUCUGGUGGACUACGAGAAUGCUAACAAGGCUCUGGAUAAAGCUCGAGCCAAAAACCGGGAUGUCCUGCAGGCUGAGACCAGCCAGCAGCUCUGCUGCCACAAGUUCGAGAAGAUCUCUGAGUCUGCCAAGCAAGAGCUCAUAGACUUCAAGACAAGACGAGUGGCAGCGUUCAGGAAAAACCUGGUGGAGCUGGCGGAGCUGGAGCUCAAACAUGCCAAGGGGAACCUCCAGCUGCUGCAGAGCUGUCUGGGUGUCCUCAAGGGUAACACUUAACUGUACUACCCUGCCCACACUGAGCUGGACACGCCCCUCUCCACAACCCCGCUCAUUUCAACUGGACACGCCCCUUGCAUGGGCGGAGCCUGAGCAAACGGAUGAACAACACUGUGGACCAGCAGAGAGAGAGAGAGCAGAGGGUUAGCUGACAGGAAGUCAUCACUAACCAGACACCAUCCUCAUCGUCUUCAUCCUCAUCCUCUCCCUCUCUUUCCAGCAGCACCUGGUGGCAGACCUGCAGCACCUGUACUGGUUCUGCAUGUCCUGCACUGGACCUGCAGCACCUGUACUGGUUCUGUUGGGCCAGCAGCACCAGUAAGGUGGAUUUCUUCAGAGUGAUGUUCAUAUGAAACCCUUCACAUCAUCACAUGACAUUUUACAGGAGACAAAGUGUCUCCUGAUUAGUUUUUCUUCACAUUGCUUUUUUUUUUACUUUACCUGUCAGAGGGUCCGACAGAACCAGGCAUGAUCUCUACAGUCUGGCUCCAGUCUGAUUCUGGUGUAACUGGGCCUGGGGAUCAUUUGAAGUGAUACCAACCUGAGCUUCAGGUCUGUUUCCAUUAACUUAUUUAGCUUCUGUUUUCUCGGAACAGUACGAGAACUUUGUCAGGAACUAUCUGAUCAUAGAAGAAGAAAACAACAUCCUGAAUCAUUCCAGACGUAACUUGAAAGAAACCAGAAGCUAAAGUGGAAACAUGCAUAUGAACAUCACUCAGAGGAGACUGGCCUGUUCACAGUCUGUUGUUUCUGCAGGAACUGGUUCCAGUUGGUUGUCUGGUCUCCAUCUCACCAAGUCAUUUUUGUCUUUAACUGAGUCAUAAAAGUUUAAUUUUCUGCAAAUAUGUGAAACAAUCUGAGUUUUCUCAAUUAUGAGAAUGUCAUGGUUCAUGUUGACAGAGAUCUUGAGUUUUCUCAGUCAUUAUUUUUGUUAAUUAUGAGAUAUCAAAGUCAUAAAAUAUUUUGUGUUGAAUGCGGUGCACUAAAAUCUAUUUGCAUGAAGAAUUUUUCAGGAUCAGUGGUUUUGUUUUUUUGUUUUUUCCUGCGGUGACCUGUCCUGUUACAAAAUAAUUCCCAGAGCCCGACUGACAGUGAAAGUUCUUGUUAUGACUGAAAACACUCAGUCGCUGUUACAUGAUCUUCAUCGCCACACGGACUUUGUCCAUUUGUCAUGGAGGUGUAGAUGCUCAUUCUUUGCUGAGGCACUUUUAGGAGGAAAUUAUUCAAACUUUAUGAAAAAAAAUUUUUUGAAACCAGUUGAUUGAUUGAAGAGAUUCUUUCAAAAUAAGACUCAAGAACAGACAAACACGACUUGAUAACAUGCAGCUGGAUUUGGUCUGUCCGUCAUUUCUGUUGCUGCUUCAGCUGUUGUGUCAAUGUCCUCAACUAAUUAUGUUCUCUGUCGUCUUAUUUUGGCGGUGUGCAUGUGUCGGGGGGCAUUUUAUUGUGUCGAUGAACUUCCUGUGCUGCUGCUGUGUGACAGCGUUUUAAGUCCAGCUCUCGGUCCCCGUUCGUA